CAGCCACAGUCACUUUCCGAUCUAAACCGAACCUCCCCGAGCGAGUGUGGUGUUAAUGUGCCGGUGACCGCGUACCCCGUACGGCCCGUUGUAGCCGUAUAAGUGGUUAAAGGUAGACUUCGGCGUUAAAAACUGCUCGGAUAUUAUUCUCGAUCGUUCCUUUACCCUUGAUUCAUUACAAUUAUCUUGUUAUCGGCGAACCCUCGGUCUCGAGACGCGACGCGCGCCUUCUUAGCGCUGUACUUUUACGUAAAUCGCCGCGACUUUAACGAUUCGAUCUUCCACACCUGUAAUAGACGGUGAAUAUUUUGGGAAUGAAAGGUCGCCGAGUACCGAUCAGUGUUCUGCAGUGUGCCGCCUUAUGGAGUCUUGGGAUUUAGCCGAUUAAUACACCCGCAAUUACUUACGCGUAUUCAACAAGAUUAUUGUUUCAGGUGGCGGGACAGCGGCCAAGAUUUGAGAGAUGGUCAUCGUCACGCGGGGAGAUUACAUAUGGAUCGAGCCCGUAUCUGGAAGGGAGUUCGACGUAGCGAUCGGGGCUCGCGUCGUAUCGGCCGAGGGUAGAAGAAUCCAGGUCAAAGACGACGACAAUAAGGAACAAUGGCUGACCCCAGAGCGGAGGAUAAAGGCGAUGCACGCUACGUCCGUCCAGGGCGUAGAAGACAUGAUCAGCCUCGGAGACCUUCACGAAGCUGGUAUUCUGAGAAAUCUUCUCAUCCGCUACAACGAGAAUCUCAUAUAUACUUAUACUGGGUCCAUAUUGGUCGCAGUGAACCCCUAUCAAAUAUUGCCGAUCUACACCGCAGAACAAAUAAAACUUUACAAAGAUCGAAAAAUAGGCGAACUGCCGCCUCACAUAUUCGCCAUAGGAGACAAUAGCUAUACGCACAUGAAACGAUAUGGGCAGGACCAGUGCAUUGUGAUCAGCGGAGAGAGCGGGGCCGGAAAAACUGAGAGCACCAAGCUAAUACUUCAAUACCUCGCUGCUAUUAGCGGCAAACAUUCUUGGAUAGAGCAACAGAUACUCGAGGCUAAUCCCAUUCUGGAAGCAUUCGGAAACGCAAAAACGGUAAGAAAUGACAAUUCGUCGAGAUUUGGCAAAUACAUUGACAUCCAUUUCAACGAGCUCGGGGUGAUCGAGGGAGCCAAGAUAGAGCAGUAUCUCCUUGAGAAAUCACGCAUCGUAUCGCAGAGCACCGAUGAAAGGAAUUAUCAUAUAUUCUACUGCAUACUCGCCGGGCUUUCCAGAGAAGAGAAGACAAAGUUAGAACUGGACGAUGCUUCUACAUACAAAUACUUGACAGGGGGUGGAAGCAUCACGUGCGAGGGACGAGAUGAUGCUGCAGAAUUCGCAGACAUUAGAUCGGCGAUGAAAGUCUUGCUGUUCACUGACGCUGAAAUAUGGGAAAUCCUCAAACUCCUGGCCGCAUUGUUGCAUACCGGAAACAUCAAAUACAAAGCAACUGUCGUAGAUAAUCUUGACGCAACCGAAAUACCGGAGCAAACCAAUGUGCAGCGAGUCGCCAGCCUUCUAGGAGUUCCUGUUCAACCCCUGAUAGCUGCACUGACGAGGCGUACGAUAUUCGCUCAUGGAGAAACAGUGGUCUCCACGUUAUCGAGAGAUCAGUCAGUCGACAUCCGCGAUGCUUUUGUGAAAGGCAUUUACGGCCGGCUGUUCGUUUUGAUCGUGAAGAAGAUAAACGAAGCGAUAUACCGGCCGAAGAAUAUGGCGAGAAGCGCCAUCGGAGUGCUGGAUAUAUUUGGCUUCGAAAACUUUAAUCACAACAGCUUUGAACAAUUCUGCAUAAAUUACGCCAACGAGAACCUUCAACAAUUUUUUGUUCAGCACAUAUUCAAGCUCGAGCAGGAGGAAUACAACCACGAGGGCAUCAAUUGGCAGCACAUCGAGUUUGUCGAUAAUCAGGAUGCUCUCGAUCUGAUAGCCAUCAAACAGCUCAAUAUCAUGGCCCUGAUAGACGAGGAGUCGAAAUUUCCCAAGGGAACCGACCAAACGAUGCUGGCUAAAAUUCACAAAACCCACGGCAGUCAUCGUAACUAUUUGAAGCCAAAAUCGGAUAUAAACACGUCGUUUGGUCUGAACCACUUUGCUGGCGUCGUUUUCUAUGAUACUCGAGGUUUCCUGGAGAAGAACAGAGAUACUUUCAGCGCCGAUUUACUCCAGCUUAUUCACAUAUCAACAAACAAAUUUUUGCAAGUCUGUUUCGCCGAGGACAUCGGAAUGGGUUCAGAGACGCGCAAGAGGGCUCCAACACUGUCGACCCAGUUUAAAAAGUCGCUGGAUGCUCUAAUGAAAACCCUGUGCAGUUGCCAACCGUUUUUCAUAAGGUGCAUCAAGCCGAACGAGUACAAAAAGCCAAUGAUGUUCGACCGAGGUCUUUGCUGUCGUCAAUUGAGAUACUCGGGCAUGAUGGAGACCAUCAGAAUACGAAGAGCUGGCUACCCAAUCAGACAUUCCUUCAACGAAUUUGUCGAAAGAUAUAGGUUUCUCAUAGCCGGCAUCCCUCCAGCUCACAAGACCGAAUGCCGAGCUGCAACAUUUAGGAUAUGUCAGGCGGUGCUUGGGAGAUCCGACUAUCAGCUGGGGCACACCAAAGUCUUCCUAAAGGACGCGCACGACUUGUUCCUCGAGCAGGAACGGGACCGCGUACUCACGCGCAAAAUACUGAUUCUGCAAAGGAACAUUCGUGGUUGGGUAUAUAGGCGGAGAUUCCUACGGAUGCGGGCUGCUGCUGUCAAGAUCCAAAAGUGCUGGAGGGGCUACGCCCAGCGGCAGAGAUACAAGCGAAUGCGCAUCGGGUAUAUGCGGCUUCAGGCUCUUAUUCGGUCGAGGGUUCUAUCCCACAGGUUCCGACACCUCAGGGGGCACAUCGUCGGGCUGCAAGCACAUGCGAGGGGUUACUUGACACGCAGAAUGUAUCGCAAGAAGAUGUGGGCUAUCGUUAAGAUCCAGGCUCACGUCAGACGGAUGAUAGCUCAGCGGAGGUUCAAAAAGCUUAAAUACGAUUAUAGGCAUCAUAUUGAAGUGCUGAGGCUCCGCAAGAAGGAAGAGAAGGAGCUCAAAGACCAGGGUAACAAAAGGGCCAAGGAAAUUGCCGAGCAGAACUACAGGGAGAGAAUGCAAGAGCUGGAGAGAAAGGAGAUAGAGAUGGAGAUAGAGGAUAGGCGACGAAUGGAGAUUAAGAAAAACCUCAUAAACGACGCGGCGAAGAAGCAGGACGAGCCGGUCGAUGACAGCAAGCUAGUUGAAGCCAUGUUCGAUUUUCUUCCAGACUCGAGUAGCGAGGCCCCGACUCCGGCCAGGGAAACCUCUGUCUUUAACGAUUUACCAGCGCCGAAAGCCGAUCAGCACGAAGUGAUCAGCCCCAUCCAAAUGCCAUCCGAGGAUGAGGAGGAUCUCUCGGAAUACAAGUUCCAGAAGUUCGCCGCCACCUACUUCCAGGGAAACAUCACUCAUCAGUACUCCCGGAAGCCGCUCAAGCAUCCGUUGCUACCGCUGCACACGCAGGGAGAUCAAUUGGCUGCUCAAGCUUUGUGGAUAACGAUAUUACGGUUCACCGGAGACCUGCCCGAGCCCCGUUAUCACACGAUGGACAGGGACAACACGUCUGUUAUGUCAAAGGUGACGGCGACGUUGGGGCGAAAUUUCAUACGCAGCAAAGAGUUCCAGGAGGCGCAAAUGAUCGGAAUGGAUCCCGAGACGUUCCUAAAACAAAAGCCUCGUUCGAUUCGGCAUAAGCUCGUGUCGCUGACCCUAAAGCGAAAAAACAAACUUGGUGAGGACGUGCGUCGGCGUUUGCAAGACGACGAGUACACGGCGGACAGCUAUCAGUCUUGGCUUGAGGCGAGGCCAACGUCAAACCUUGAAAAACUCCACUUUAUAAUCGGUCACGGUAUCCUGCGCGCCGAAUUGAGAGACGAAAUUUACUGUCAGAUAUGCAAGCAGCUUUCCAAUAACCCAUCCAAAUCAUCGCACGCCAGGGGUUGGAUUCUCCUGUCUCUCUGCGUCGGUUGCUUUGCGCCAUCGGAAAAGUUCGUGAGCUAUUUACGCGCAUUCAUCAGAGAGGGACCACCCGGAUACGCGCCCUACUGCGAAGACAGGCUGAAAAGAACAUUCAACAACGGAACUAGAAACCAGCCGCCGAGCUGGCUCGAACUCCAGGCGACAAAGUCGAAGAAACCGAUAAUGUUGCCGAUCACCUUCAUGGAUGGCAAUACCAAGACGUUGCUGGCCGACUCAGCGACGACCGCCAGGGAGCUAUGCAACCAGCUUUCUGACAAAAUAUCCUUGAGGGACCAGUUCGGUUUUUCUCUGUACAUCGCGUUGUUUGACAAAGUCUCAUCCCUUGGUAGCGGCGGAGAUCACGUGAUGGAUGCGAUAUCUCAGUGCGAACAGUAUGCCAAGGAGCAAGGGGCGCAGGAGAGAAACGCGCCUUGGAGGCUUUUCUUCAGGAAGGAAAUAUUCGCCCCGUGGCACGAACCCACCGAGGAUCAGGUCGCCACCAAUCUGAUAUAUCAGCAGGUCGUUAGAGGCGUGAAAUUCGGAGAAUACAGGUGCGACAAGGAGGAAGACCUCGCCAUGAUAGCUGCCCAGCAAUACUACAUCGAAUACUUCACUGACAUGAACGUUGACAGACUUUUCACCCUGCUACCAAACUACAUACCGGAUUACUGCCUUACGGGUGUUGAUAAGGCUAUAGACAGGUGGGGACACCUCGUUGUUCAAGCGUAUAAAAAGAGUUAUUACUUGAAAGAGAAGGUACCCUCGAUUCGCGUGAAGGAGGACGUUGUCAGCUACGCCAAGUUCAAGUGGCCUCUGCUCUUCUCGCGAUUUUACGAGGCGUAUCGAAAUUCCGGACCAAACUUGCCUAAAAACGACGUUAUUAUAGCCGUUAACUGGACCGGUGUCUAUGUGGUUGACGAUCAAGAAAAAGUGCUCCUGGAGUUAUCCUUUCCCGAAAUCACCACCGUAUCUAGUCAAAAAACAAACAAGGUCUUCACCCAGACGUUUAGUUUAUCAACGGUGCGAGGAGAAGAAUUCACAUUUCAGAGUCCCAACGCGGAAGAUAUCCGUGAUCUGGUGGUUUACUUCCUCGAAGGUUUGAAGAAACGCAGCAAGUACGUAAUUGCACUGCAAGACUAUAAGGCCCCCGGGGACGCCUCGUCUUUCCUCAGUUUCCAAAAAGGCGAUCUAAUCGUUCUCGAGGAAGAGAGUACGGGCGAAACAGUUCUCAAUUCCGGAUGGUGUAUCGGUUGCUGUGAGAGGACCGGCGAGAAGGGAGACUUUCCUGCCGAAACGGUUUACGUUUUGCCAUCCCUGACUAAACCACCGAAUGAUAUCCUGGCACUAUUCAGCAUCGAAGGGCCGGAACAUGGGCGCCGUCUUUAUCCACAGCAAAUGAAUGGAGUGGAAUCUCGAGAGAAGCUGCACACUCUGGCCGAAUACGCAAUAGAUCAUUUCAGAACACCGCCAAAGCGGACGAUGUCGAAAGCAUUGACGUUGACGACAGCACGCCGUGGUCACAUUGACGAGUUAUGGCGACAUUCGAGGGAUCCGAUAAAACAGCCACUGCUGAAGAAACUGAUAUCAAAGGAGGAGCUCGCGGAGGAGGCGUGCUUUGCCUUCAACGCCAUACUAAAGUACAUGGGAGAUUUGCCGACGAAGAGACCGCGCAUAGGUAACGAGUAUACAGAUCACAUUUUCGACGGCCCGUUAAAGAAUGAGAUACUUCGCGACGAGAUAUACUGCCAGAUAAUGAAGCAGUUGACGGACAACAGAAACAGACUCAGCGAGGAACGCGGCUGGGAGCUGAUGUGGCUUGCCACCGGAUUGUUCACCUGCAGUCAAAGCCUUCUCAAGGAAUUGACCCUGUUUCUGCGGACACGACGCCAUCCGAUAUCGCAAGACUCCCUGCAGAGGCUGCAGAAGACGUUGCGAAAUGGUCAGAGAAAAUAUCCCCCUCAUCAGGUUGAGGUGGAAGCAAUCCAGCAUAAGACGACGCAGAUAUUUCACAAAGUUUAUUUCCCUGACGACACGGACGAGGCGUUUGAGGUGGAUUCGUCAACAAGGGCGAAAGACUUCUGCCAGAACAUAGCGCAACGUUUGAACCUUCGCUCGGGGGAAGGAUUCAGCCUGUUCGUCAAAAUUGCCGACAAAGUGAUCUCCGUGCCCGAGGGUGACUUUUUCUUCGAUUUCGUCAGGCAUUUGACUGACUGGAUAAGAAAAGCCCGACCAUCGAGAGACGGUGUGUCUCCUCAAUUUACGUAUCAAGUGUUCUUCAUGAAAAAGUUAUGGACGAACACGGUACCUGGGAAAGACAGAAACGCCGACCUGAUAUUUCACUUUCAUCAAGAACUACCAAAGCUCUUGAGAGGAUAUCAUAAAUGUACUAAGGAGGAAGCCUCGCGACUUGCAGCUCUCGUCUACAGAGUAAGAUUCGGAGAAAGUAAACAAGAAUUACAAGCGAUCCCACAAAUGCUACGAGAAUUGGUGCCCGCGGAUUUGGUAAAGAUUCAGAGUUCAAAUGAUUGGAAGAGAUCGAUCGUUGGGUCGUACAACCAAGACGCGGGAAUGAGUCCAGAGGACGCGAAAAUAACAUUUCUGAAAAUAGUAUAUCGCUGGCCGACAUUCGGAUCUGCAUUUUUCGAAGUAAAGCAAAGUACCGAGCCAAAUUACCCAGAAAUGUUGCUGAUUGCUAUCAAUAAACAUGGAGUGAGCUUGAUACAUCCGCAGACAAAGGAUAUCCUAGUUACACAUCCGUUCACCAGAAUCUCAAACUGGUCGUCAGGUAACACAUACUUUCACAUGACCAUCGGUAACCUGGUGAGAGGGUCGAAAUUGCUGUGCGAAACCUCUCUUGGCUACAAAAUGGACGACCUAUUGACAUCGUACAUAUCAUUAAUGCUAACAAAUAUGAAUAAGCAGCGUACAAUGAGAAUAAAAUAACGUUUGGUUGAGAAGUUUAUGGUUCGCAAAAAUUCAUUCCAAAAGGAAAUAUUACCGACAGUACGAUGUAUAACAACGCAUUUUUGAGAAUGUUAUUUUUCAUACUAUAUCUCGAUAUAAACCGAUCGUAUUAUUAA